AUGACGUUAUUAAAUGUCUUUGUUCCAUGGUGGAAACGAGCUUCCCAUCUGGCCUUUUUUUGUGUGUGUGAUGAUCUUGUGUGUGUGUGUGUGUGUUGUGUGUCACAGGAGGGUGUGACGGCGCCGCUCAGAGGUCGACCGAUGUCUGACAGCGUGUCUCUGGCCUCUUACUCGGAGUAUCCUGCGGGACGUCCCUUCAUUAACACACCCCUGCCCUUCACUAACAGAGCCGUCAAAGCCUUUCCUGAGAGCAGCGGUGCAGCUAUUCUUUCCGCGCUGAAGCACCUGCAGGAGAAGAUCCGUCGUCUGGAGCUGGAGCGAUGUGAAGCUCAGCAGAAGCUCCAGACCGUCUCCAGAGAAUCCACACGCUCCGACCACAGACACACGAACCACACGAACCACGAUCUGCUCUCUCAGCUGUCUGCGGCCGAGACUCGAUGCUCACGCUUGGAGAAACAGUUGGAGCACAUGAGGAAGACUGUGAGAAACACCGAAUCGGACAGAAGCGCUGUGCUGCGCCGACAGGUGUAUCUGGAGCAGCUGGGCUCAGCGGAUCGGGCCGAUGUUCAGCUGAAGCUGCAGAAGCUGGAUCUGCUGGAGCAGGAGUAUUAUCGGCUGACGGAGACUCAGAGCGCCGCCGAGAGGAAGAUCAGACAGCUGGAGAGGAAACUACAGGAAGAGGAGCAUCAGAGGAAACUGGUGCAGGACAAAGCAGCUCAGUUGCAGACGGGUCUAGAAGCCAAUCGUCUGCUCAUCCAGUCUGUGUCUCCACGUCCACAUAAAUCCAGCAGAAUCAAACCAAAGAAGCUCUCAGCAAAGAAACAUCCGUCGCAGCCGCAGCCGAAAAAUAAGAGUGUACAGGUUUGGCACAAACAGUGUUGGUGUGUGAGUGUGUGUAACUGUAAGCGGUGUGUGUUGUGUUUGUGUGUCAGCGAGCAGCAGGAAUUGGUCAAACGGAUCCAGUCGUGUGGUUCGGAUCGCUUGCGGCGGGAUCUGGAGCGUGAGAUGGAGGCGCUCGUGAAGAGGAUGGAGAAUAAAGCAGAACAGAUCGCUAAAGUCCGGCGACAUCAAACUCAGGUAACACAAUGCAACUGAAGAUACAUGUAUACUGUAAAAGCAGCUCAUGGUAGAAGUACCAAGACUGCA